AUAGCAAUUUACAUUUUCUCUUUGAUUAAUCUAUGUAAAAUUCGACCUGAGUGAAGUUAUUUGAACACAUUUGAGAUUUACUAUAAUGCAAAUUUAUUUAAAAUUAGUCUUUACCGAUAUUUAAAAAUGUUUAGACUUGUUUAGCAGUGUUGGGUUUCUAGGCUUAAACCAUUCCAAUUUCAUGAUUUUGGUGAUUAAAAAUAUGUAAUAAAAAUAUUCCACAAACCUUACAUUAAAUGUAAACCCUUAUAACUACUUUUCCUUAUGAAUAAUAAUUUUAACAGCAACUUCUGAGAUGACAAUGAAGCUUGUGGUGCAAGUAACUACUUGAACUAAAUUAUGUCAGUGUCUAUGCUUAAAAAUUUAAAAUAUUAAUUAUACAACUGAUUUUAUUUGAUGCAGUUUUGUCAAGUGAAUGAUUUUUUACAAAUCUGAUUCAGUUUUUUAUUAUAUUUUUUUUUAAAGAUCAUCGUGAGAGUCGUUGAUGCACCAUCUUUAAAAGCAUUUGAGUUUUCAACGUAAGUGGUAUUUUUCUACUAUCUUAUAGCUACAUUUUCAGUGUAAGCAUGCUGCAUUUAAGAAUGUGAAAAGAUAGCUUGAGAUCAUGCUAUGGCGGUGUAAGAAAAAAUGUCAAAAACCUUUGCUCUCCGAAGACAUGAGGUGGUUGAAUUGUGCCCGACAGUUGCAGAAUUUAAAGAUCGCUGGCCUGCUCUGUUUGACAUUCUCCAGAUUAAUGAAGAGUUUAGGAGAAUUACUACUCUGCACCUUGAGCCAACAUUUAUUAAGAUGUUGGAUUACUACACUCCUAAACUUUUCACAAUAUUUUCCUGCAAAGGAGGAGCACUCGGACAGAUUUUGAAGAAGAAAAUGGGUGCCAUACAGCAGACCUCACAUCAAAACAUAGAACAGACAAGAGAUGUUGUCCUCCGUUGCUUGGACAAUUACUUGGGUGAAAAGGAGGAAGACCUCAUCCAGGAGUACAAUUAUGAAAAUGAGGAUGUGCAGCAAAGUCUACUGCAGCAGGUAAUGAAAAUUGCUGUCUGCAAGAAGGAUGACCAGGAGGACUUUAGCAUUGUCUUGGAGGGUGUGCAAGUCAUGACUGGCUUGGGAAAUCUGACUAGAGUCUGCGCAAUUCUUCUUGGAUUCACACAUGCACUAAACCUCACCUAUCCCAAACAACUGAGGAACAUGUUUGAGGCCUUUCAGAAGCUCUUCUUGGAACUGGAUGUUUGCAGGUUUUCCCCCAAAUUACAAUCUCUCAAAAACAAACUUGUGUAUUAGAUUGUGAGAGACACAUUCCAUUGUUACCAAGUUUUGGUGAAAAUGCCCAGGUUGAGGUUUGAGAUUGUUCUGCAGCUUGUUCUACAACAGUUUAUCUGGUUUGAUGCUAAACAGUUGAUUUCAAUGACAUAAAUUGUGAGUUACAAACUGUUUUACAAAUUGUUUUUGUUUUUUCUUAAAAAUGCUGUAAAUGUUAUAUACACUAUUUUACAAAGUGUUUAAUAUUUUGAUA